AGACUUAGCUGGGACGGAAUCUCGAAUGCCGUCUUUUGCCCACGUGGUUGCAGUUAGACGGAAUUUGCCUCGGCGUGGAGGGUGGUAUGGGGCAGAGUGCGGGGGGUCUGCCGGCUUGUCAUAAGAACCAUGUCGCUGUCACCUUCAGCUACGUCGGUGGCAUCCAUAUCCAGGGACGAGGGAAGCUCGUCUCAUGGUAGAAUGGGGAAGAGGCCCCGGACGUAUGGCUCUGCUUGUGAGUCGUGCCAACGACGCAAGAUCAAAUGCGGUCUUCAAAAGCCGUCGUGCAGCAAUUGCAUCAGGUACAAGCAGCAAUGCUGCUACCAAAAGACCAGCAAAGUUACAUCACACAGGGGCCUUAGCAAGACGGAGGCCCUCCAGCGGAGGGUGGCCCAGCUGGAAGCGGAGCUAGUCACCGCUAGAAACGACCGUCAAAUGUCUUCGUCCUCGUCUUACUCUCGGUCGUCGCCUACUCGUGGCGGACAGCAGACGGCGCCGUCUGGCAGACCACCCGCAACACCUCGGAGUCCCGAGCCGACUGGCACCGAGGAUACAGAUUGGGACCUCUUUGAGGGGCCCAACAGUCUUGACGCGCGACGGAGCCACUUUGCGGCCUCGACGUAUGUGUCGGACUCCUUUGAACGUCUGGUUAGCACCCGUCUGCACGGCAACGACGACGCCAUCUCCCCCUUGCUGGCUGCCGACCUGAUCCGGGCGUACUUUCUAUGGUGGAACAGUCUCCACUGCUACCUCUACAAGCCUGAAUUCUACUGCUGCCUGGUCGUCGAAGGACCUCACUUCUCGCCCUUUCUGCUCAACGUGGUCCUCUCCCAGGGAGCGCGUCUCCUCUCCAUGGGGGGCCUCUACACCGCCCGUCGCGAAAGCGGCCACAUGAGUGUGCCCCCCUCGGAUUUCUUUCUGAAACGGGCAAAGCAGAGCCUGGUCGACGAAGUGGACCGUGGCAAUUCGAGCACGCUGCUCCAAGGUCUCGUCCUCAUGGCCGGCAGGGAGGCGUCGUGCGGGCAUCUGGACCAGGCCUGGCUCUACACGGGCAUGGCUAUCCGGGUCCUGCGCGCGCUGGGUCUCAGUCGCCCACCGUUCCAAGGCCGGCGACGGUACAAGCCGUGCAGCUUCCAGCGCAGGGAGCUCUACUCGCGCCUCUUCUGGACCGUCUAUUGCUGGGACAAGACGCUGAGCCUGACGCUGGGUCGCCAGUCGACGUUUGCAGCGCCCGAGGGAGCCGACCCAGAGUGCAUCGUCGACGAGAGUGAGGAUCACAUGGCCUGGAAUCCCCAUCGCCAGGACCACUUUGCGACCGUCGCCCUGUCGCGGACGAUCAAGGCGUCGGCCGAGCCGAGCAGAGUCACGGCCGUCUUUCGCAGAUUUGCCCAUCUCUGUCUAAUCAUCGAUGACAUCUUGCGGGUGCGCUAUGGAGACACAUCGGCGCAGAGUGGAGAUGUCGCCAUCGAUCAGCUCGACGGUAGACUGCAGGAAUGGGAGCAGGCCACGCUGCAGCAGGAUAUCCACUUGACGACGGCCAAUGUCGACGUGUGUCCCUCCCCGCACAUGCUCCAGCUCGGGGUUCUCUACCACUGCUCGUACAUCCUGCUCCACCGUCCGUCGAUUGCGGUGUCAGUGUCUCGGCGCAGCUCUCCCCAGCAGAAGCACGCCAUGUCCGUCUGCAGGCUCCACGCCUUGCAGGUCCACGAUCUGAUCCGGCUGCGGGAGCGCGACAUGGGGCUCGCGAACCUCUCCUAUCUCGUCUGCCACUGCCUCUACGCUGCCGUGACGAUCAAUGUGUUGGACUUGCGAAGCGCCUCGCGUGACACAUCGUCCGCGGCCGCCGAGCAGCUCGCCUUUGGCAUCCGCGCGCUCGAGUUCUGCAGCUGGCAGAGCGCCGGCAUCCAGAAGGCCGUCAAGAUGAUCAAGGCAUACCUUGCCCAUCCUUUUGGGAGCACGGUUCCUCAGGGCAUGCCCGGUCAACGGUCCAGAGAGCCCUCGAUCGGUGCUGGUGAGCCAGAGGGUCCGCCUGAAGAGCACGAGGCACAGCGGCGGCAGCAGCAGCAGCAGCGGCACCCGCCGGGCGUGGCAGUCUUUGCGCCAGAAACUGUCUCCUCGCUGUCACAGAGCGACGACCUGCCUGACAUGGAUCAUGGCUCUCUGCACUCCGAGACCUGGACAGCGGCCCCGACGGCCCACUUUGGCAUGCUCUGGCACGACGAUCCGAGCCUGAUGGGGCACUUCUGGACAAACAGCCUUCUCCCCGACUUUCCAGACGAACUCUCGGGCGCUUCCUGAAGCAGGAAGUAAUAAAGAAGAAGAAGCAGUAGCCGUUGGAGCAAUCAUUUCAAUUCCGGAGAGCACAAUUCCGGAGAGCAGCGCUCGACGAGGAAGGAGAGAGGUGCUCGACAAGUGACUACUAGGCGUCGCACGUCUUGAUCUCAGCGACGG